CUACCAGUCGCAGAUUGUGGCGUUUGUUUGGGUAGCGACGGUACGAUUAAUAAAAUAUAAUGUCUGAAGACGCGGUUAGUGUGCCGGCGAAGCGAGGCCGAAAGGCGAAUGCGGAGAAAAAAACCGAGGAGAAAGUAGAGAAGAACGACGCGCCAAAGAAACGAACGAAGAAGGACCAGAAGGACGAAGACGACAAAGAAACGGACGUGGUUCCAGCGAAAAGGGGCAGAGGCAGGCCGAAAGGCACCACGAAAAAGAAGUCGCCGUUGAAACCCAAGCCGAAAUCCGGUCGAGGCCGCGGCAGACCGAAGAAGAAGGAGAAGGAAUCCAAAGACUCGGCCGACGAGGAUGGCGGCGAAGACGAGGAGGAGGAGGACGAAGAGGAAGAGGACGACCAGUAAAUUUUAGUUCGUAGAGCGUCAGAGAAAUGCGAAUCUCGAAUUUCAUCCGUGUUUGUUUUGACUGUUCUGAUUAUUUUUUUUAUAAUUGUGGAUUAUACGGGACGCUUCGAACGACGCGAACUCGGAGCCUCCCAAAAAAAAGGUUGAUCAUUCCUCGUGUGUUUUUCGUGCCAUUUCUUCUUGUCAUUUGUGUAUUCCGUAGGAUAGGUUUGCGAGAUCGGUAAACAUGGCGCACAAUAAUCCGAAAAAUUUGUAUUUAAAGAAACCAAUUAUUAGUUUUGUGAAAUUCAGCAGAGCUUCAUGACAAAUUAUUUCUAUUUAAGUACUAUGUAUUUUCACGGCUUGUAUGAAAAAAAAAACAACAAAAAGGAAACCGAUAUUGUAAUAUUUACAUUUAUAAUAAAUACUUUUAGAACAAGUCGCACAUCUAAGCAAUCAGUACCUUUUGUAAAUGUGAGCGUCGUUGAAAUCCACCCGUUGCGCCGGUUUGUAAUGCUCGAAUAUGAUAAUAUCGUUGUCACCAGUGCGCAGAAGCGGCGCAGGCAAGUACAACGUCUGUAUGGGCCCCAUUUUCGCGUACCUACCCAACACGAACCCGUUCACGAUCACGAUGCCUUU